AUGAGACGCUCACUAAUCAUGGCGGGUGCCGCGGCGGCUCUGGGGGUCGCCGUGCGGGGAGAUAUGGACAUGGACAUGGAGAUGGGCAUGGAUGCGGGCGAUUCCGCGGAGAUAAUGCCGAUGGGCGGUGGAAGCGCCGCCAGCAAAACGGAAGCCGGAGCCGGCGGAAGCGCGGCCGCGAGCGCGCCGUCCGCGGUGCUGUCGGCCGUGCCGCACGAGCCGAAGCACGUGCACGGGCUGCCGAUCCUGCAGACGCAGCUGACCGCGGCGGAGCGGCUGUACUGGGAGAACUACAACACGACGACGUUCUUCAACCUGCCGGAGGGCACGCGCGGCGCGGGGCUGGCGCGGUACCACGCAGCGGCGGUGGCGCUGGCGACCGCGGCGGUGUACCCUGCGUCGCUCGUUCUGUACGGCGCGCGGCAGUGCUCUGCUCGCUGCGCACGGCUGUACGUGGCGGUGGUCGUGGCGAACGGCGCGCUGCUGUUCUCCGCGAUGGCCGCGCUGCUGGCGCUGCGCGGGCACAACCCGGUGCCGUACCCGGGCAACGCGUACGCGAAGACGUGCUACGUGGUCGCGGUGCUGUGCGCGGUGCAGACGCUCGCGGCGGUGGCGCGGUUCUGGACACACGACCGGCACGUGACCUCGGUCGCGGGCGACGGCGGGCUCGCGCCCGCCGACGCCGAACGCUUUGAGCUCGUCGCCGCGGACCGCCACCACUCGCACUCGUCGGACGGCUCCGAGCUCUCGGCCGCGCUGUCGCACCAGCACAAGCCCGAGCCCGAGAGCGAGCCCACGCUGGAGUUUGACGCGGAGCGCGCACUCGACCUCGAGGCGCACCGCCGCGCGCUGUCGUUCCACACGGACGCCGACUCGCGCCUCGCGAGGGUCGCGGGCCUCGUCCAGUCGCUCACCACCUGGCCGCUGCUGUACAUGCUCAUGAUCCACUGCGUCAUCGGCCUCGCGGUCGGCAACCUCUUCGGCGAGGGCCUCCGUGUGUUCAACCUUUUGGCGCACUGGAUCAAGGGCGGUGUAUUUGUGCUGCUGGGCAUGCUGUCGCUCGCGCGGUACUCGGGCUAUGGGGCCGGUCGCGGCUGGGCGUGGAACCGCAGCAUCGUGCGCGUCCACCCCACCAGCGCUGUCAACAAUCUGCGGCGCAUGAUCCUGCCCUACGGCUCAGUCAUCACCAUGGAGUACAUCGAGUCCUUCCUCAUCUUCUUCUACGGUUCCACUAACGUGUUUCUGGAGCACCUCUCUAAUACCGACGGCCAAUGGCACGCCAAGGACCUGCAGCACGUCUCGAUCGCAUUCAUGUACAUCGGCUGCGGCCUGUGCGGGCUCAUUACGGAGUACAAGCUGUCGGACUGGCGCCGCAAGCACGCGACUUCAGACCCCGGCGAGUGCCAGACCUCGGACUCUAACGUCACAGGCACGCCUGGCUACACUCCUAAUCCGUUCCCUGCCUUUACCAUCUUCUGGACUGGUAUUCUGAUGUCGCAGCACGCCCAGGCGUCGGCCGUCUCGACCGCCAUCCACGUCCAAUGGGGGCUGCUUCUGUCCUACGGGUCCUUUUUCCGUCUGCUGACCUUUUUCAUGCUCAUUUGGAAACCAAACACGGACUCGAAACCUUCCAGGCCCUUCACAGAGCUUGUCACAUCAUUUUGUCUGCUCUGUGGCGGCUUGAUUUUUAUGGAGUCCACCGAUCAAGUGGUUGAGGCCCUGGAGUACCGCGGCCUCACCAGUAUGUUCACCUUCAACCUGAGCGUGGGUUUUACCACCCUCUUCAUGGCCUGGGAGAUGAUUCUAUUUAUGUGGGGAGAUUGGUUGCACCAGCGCGCCUAA